AUGUUUGAAGCUGCCUCCAUGACUGAGGUGAGGAUCUGCAGCCUGAAACUGGGUCAUAACACCAAGGUCAGAUUGGACCUCACAGAGGUCAGACUGGACCACACAGGCGUCUCACUGGACCUCACAGAGGUCAGACUGGACCACACAGGCGUCUCACUGGACCUAACAGGGGUCAGACUGGAUCUCACAGUUUCCUCCUCUCAGCAGCAGCUCAGCGUCGUGUGGGAGAUGGUUUGGGUCUCCUCUGACCUCCAGGAGCAGCGCAGGGCUGCCCUCGACCCCCGCCACACUCACAUCAUGUCCUGCCUGAGAGGGGCCACGGGUCUAGGAGAAAAGGAGGUGGAGGAGGCCCUGGUGACUGACCCGAAGGUGAAGGAACUGAGAAAGUUUCCUCUGAUAGACGAGUUCUUCGCUGCGAACGGCACCAGACGCAUCAUGUUCUUCUGCCAAAGCUGCGCACCGAUCAGACGCUCCUUUACAGAUCAGGUCCCUUCAGCUCAGGGUCAGAAGAGGCUUUUCCUAACCACCGGGACUGCCGAGCCGCUUUCAGGGCAGUGCCUCUUCUUCCUCAGAACAUGUGAGAAGGAGAUUACAGUAGCCAACGUCCAACAGGAGGUGAACUUUGGGAUGUUGGACAGCUCUGAUGGAUCUGUGCUGCAAAGUUUAUACUCUCUGUUCUCUGACAUCAUGGUGCCAGCACUCAAGUCCAACCAGUCAUGGGGUUGCAUUCUGGACUCAUCUCCCGCGGUCCAGGACUUCCUCUGGUCCCUGGACCGGUUCCUCCUCAGUCUGAACUCUGUGAGACUGAACUUGGACCAGAAGUUCCAUCUGGAGCCAGUGGAGCUCCCUGAGGUUCUGGAGACACUGGUGUCUCCCAAGGACUACACCAGUGCAGCCAAUAGCAGCGAGGUGGUGGAGCACCUGGAGGACAUAGUUUCGCUCUGGACCAAUCAAAUUCAGCAGGUUUUGAUUGACAGUGAGCAGCUGAGACGAGAGCCAGAUGACGCGGGACCUGAGACCGAACUAGAGCACUGGAAGACUCGCACAGUCUUAUUCAACAGUCUGCUGGAGGAGCUGAAAAUGCCUUGUGUGAAGAAGUCUGUGGGCGUUUUACAGAUGGCGAAAUCCAGAGUUCUGCAGCAAUGGAGGAAACUGGACGCUGACAUCACGCUGGUGGCAAACGAGGCCAAAGAUAACGUGAAGUUCCUCUACACUCUGGAGAAGAUCUUUGAGCCUCUGACAAGUCGCCCGCCGCUUGGAGUGGCCCAGCACCUCUCCCUCCUCAUGUCCAGUCUGAAGAUGAUCUACACAGUGUCUCCGUUCUACAACUCUCCUCAGAGGAUGACAUCAUUGCUGCUCAAAGUGACUAAUCAGAUGAUCAACACUUGUCGCCGAUACCUGUGUGGAGGCGUAGCCAACGUCUGGGACCACCCACGAGCAGUGCUGCUGCAGAGGAUCUCUGAGUGCUGUGAGCUCAACAAGGAGUAUCAAAAGAGCUUCCACACGGUGCAAGAAGAUCUCAGGGGGAAGCCCAACCACAAACCGUUUAACUUUAGUGAACAUUACAUCUUUGGAAAGUUCGACGCCUUCUGUUGUCGCCUGCAGAAGAUCUCACAGAUGGUGUUGACCUUGGAGAAGCUGUCCUCACUGCAACACGUGAAGGUGGAGGGAGUGGAUAGAAUCUACUCCAACUAUCAGACCAUAGUUUCUUCCACAAAGAACAAGAGCUAUGACGUUUUGGACCAUCGCAAACGAGAGGUGGAGAAGCUGCUACCGCUACUCUCUCAGUUCCAGACACUUCCUGGAUUGGAACUGAAGCCAUUUAACCUCCAGCUGCUGCAGAUGUUCCACCGAGAGCUGGAGCAGAUACGAAAGGUCUAUGAGAGGGAGAAAGAGGAGCCAAGACUGGGACGCAACAUGCCCCCGGUGGCAGGCAGGAUUCUUUGGUCUCGGCAACUCUUCAGUAAAAUGGAGGUUCCCAUGAUGUUGCUGAAGCCCAGCCUGGACUCACUUAAGGGGCCCGAGCUGAGCCGUCUCGUUCGGUUGUACAACAGAACCGCUGUGGUUUUGCUUCAGUACGAGCUGCUGCACCUGCAUCACUGGAGACAAGAGGCAGGGGGCGUUAACCUCACCACAACGCUGCUAGACUUCUCUGUGAAUUUGUCCCCUGGGGUGCUGGAGCUGCUGGAAGAAGCCCGCUGGAUGAAGAAGAUGGGACUGGAGGUUCCUCAGUCUGUGGAGAAGCUGUCACAGAAAGAAUCUCAGAUCCGCGCUCUAAACACCAGGCUGUUGGACCUCCUCCAUGACUAUAGCUCGGUCCUGGUCCGGAUCCCGGCGCUCCUGGUCCCUCUGCUGCAGCCGUUCAUCACCGAAGUGGAGUCGGCUCUCUCUCCAGGACUGAGCACCGUGACCUGGACCAGUCUGAACACCCAGGCCUUUGUGGACUCGGUACAGCGCCCCCUGCUGGAGCUGAAGCAGGUGUGUAAAUGUGUAAGUGACAUCCUGGACUGUCGCAUCAAUCGCCUUCUGCAGCGCAUCGGGACCUGUACUCUGCUCCCUCUGCAAGAGCUCCCAAGGGCCCCAGAGCACCCAGGGGCCCCACAAGCCACAGCCACCACACCGGACCAGCUGCUCACCGCCACUGAAAUCCAUGUGAAGGAGGCAGCCGCCGCAUUAACCUGGGACAGCCAGCAGGUGGAGCGCUAUGUUUACGAAAUCAUUGAGGAGCUAAAGGAAAAGAUGAAACCGGCCAACACCAUCAAUUUGGAGGAUCCAUUCGUGUGCCUUCAACCGGACCCCAAACACAGGACGCGCUGCACUUCCUGUUUGCCGUGUUUCUGCUACACGCUGAUUAGUCAGCUCUGUCUGCGGAACACAGAGUCCCUGAUCAAAGCCACAAAAUUGUCCCUGGACUCUCUGAGGAGGAGACUGACUGUGCCGAAGCUCCACAAUGCUCCCUGUGCCCCACUGUUCAGAACAGAGGUCCAUCUAUCUAUGCCCAAUCCUGUGCUGAGGCCCAGUCUCAAUACCAUACAGAGCUCUGUAAACAAGCUGGUGUCUCUGCUCUUGUCUGCGACUAAAGACAUCCCAGUGUGGAGAUACAUGCAUCUACAGCUCACACAGACGCAGGAGGAGCAGGCGGCUGCAGAGGACAUCUCAGUGAAGCCUCCGGUGCUGAGAUCCAUGGAGAGAGCAGUGUCUGAGCACAAGGACAUCAGCAAGGUGGUGCUGCAGUUGGGAGCUUCGGUCUCCUCGAUCAGAUCCUCCACUGUGGAAACCUUAAAUGGCCUCUCUCUCUUCUCCGAACUCUGGCUCCAGGAGCCUAAUGAGCAGGUGCAGAUCUUCCUCCAGUCAGAUCCGUUGCUGUCGGACUUCACUGCUCAGAUCCAGCACUAUUCUGCCCUGGAGACCCGGAUCCAGGACUUGCCAGCCCUCUGGACCGUGGGCUGGUUGGUCCUGGACCUGGAGCAGGUUCAACGCUCCCUGAGAUUGGAGUGUUGUCGGUGGAAGCAAGCGUUUGGAGCUGCGCUGAGUCUGCGGGCGUCUACGCAGAUGGAGCAGGUGUCAGCGUUUGUGGGCGCCGCGAGCAAACGGCUGCAGCGGCCAAUCACAGACCUGGAGGAUGUCCGCAAUGCCAUGGCAACACUCAGAGAGAUCAGAGAGGAGGAGAUCCGGAUUGAAGCCUCCAUCGCUCCCAUCGAAGAGUCCUUCUCUCUGCUCCUCAAACAUCAGCUGCUCCUCAACAAUUCUGAGAAAACUGAUGUUCUGAUGUACAACUGGAGACAGCUGCAGGAUCUGGCGGUCCAAACCCAGGACUCUCUGAUCCAGCUGGAACCCAGGAUGAAGACUGAGCUACUGAUGUCUGUGAAGGACUUUAGGACGAGUGUGGAGAUGUUCUACAGAGAGUACCAGGAGAGAGGUCCUGGCGUGGAGGGCGUGUCUCCGAUUGAAGCCUCGGAGCGACUGCAGAUCUUCCAGAGGAACAUGGAGGAUCUGUGGAGCAGGUUCUCCUCUUGCUCUGGAGGAGAAGAGCUGUUUGGACUACCUGUCACUGAGUAUCAGGAGCUCCAGAGGAUUCGUAGGGAGAUGUCUCUUCUCUCCAAACUGUACUCUCUGUACGACUGUGUGAGCGCCACCGUCAGGAGCUUCCAUGAACUGCAGUGGACUCAAGUGGAUCCUGAACAGAUUCAGACCGAGCUGCAAGACUUCCACCACAGGAUGAGGACACUUCCCGCAGCGCUGAAGGACUGGCCGGCCUUCAGAGACCUGAAGAAGACCAUUGAAGACUUCACCGAGACCUGCCCCUUGCUGUGCAUGAUGGCCAGCAAGGCCUUGUUGCCGCGUCACUGGGAGCGUCUCUCUGAAGUCACCGCUCACACGUUCCAGUUUCAGUCAAAUUUGUUUUGUCUCGGUGACGUCAUGAAAGCUCCUCUGCUGAAGUACAAGGACGAGAUUGAGGACGUGUGUGUGAGUGCGGUCAAACAAAAGGACAUAGAGUCAAAACUCAUGGAGGUCCAGGAGGAGUGGAGUGCUCAUGUCCUCAGCUUUGCCUCCUUCAGGAGCAGAGGGGAACUGCUGCUGAAAGGGAGUGAGGUCACAGAGAAGCUGUCCAUCAUGGAGGACAGUCUGAUGGUGCUGUCGUCUCUGCUCAGCAAUAGGUACAACGCUCCGUUCAAAGCCCAGAUUCAGCAGUGGGUCCAAAAGCUGUCUGGUUCUGCUGAAGUCCUGGAAAAAUGGCUCUCAGUGCAGAACCUGUGGGUUUAUCUCGAGGCUGUGUUUGUGGGAGGAGACAUCGCCAAGCAGCUGCCACAGGAGGCUCAGAGGUUUCAGGUGAUCGAUAAAUCAUGGCAGAGAAUCAUGCAGCGUGCUCACGACCUCCCGAACAUGAUACAGUGCUGCGUGAGUGAUGAGACCCUCGCUCAGCUGCUGACUCACCUCCUGGAGCAGUUAGAACUCUCUCAGAAGUCCCUCUCUGGAUACCUGGAGAAGAAGCGUCUGAUCUUCCCCAGGUUCUUCUUUGUGUCCGACCCGGCUUUGCUGGAGAUCCUGGGCCAGGCCUCGGACUCGCACACCAUCCAGCGCCACCUGCUGAGCCUGUUUGAUAAUGUUAAUCGCGUCGUCUUCAGUGAGAAGAUCUACGAUCAGAUGUUGCGCUUUGAGUCUCAGGAAGGAGAGAGUGUAGAGCUGUGUGCACCGGUCAUGGCCCAGGGAAGUGUGGAGGUGUGGUUGGGUCAGCUGCUCUCCGCAAUCAGGCUCACGCUCCGCAGCAUCAUACGACGCGCGCACUUCACUAUCUCUGAACCAGAACUGAACAUGGAGGACUUCCAGAGAGCCUUCCCCGCUCAGGUCGGCCUGCUUGGCCUCCAGAUGGUGUGGACCAGGGACGCGGAGGAGGCCCUGGAUAAAAGCAGAGGAGACAAGAAGGUGAUGUCAGCGACCAAUCAGAAGUUUUUGCAGCUUCUGAACGAGCUCAUUGACAUGACGACCAGAGACCUGAGUCGCAAUGAGAGGACCAAAUACGAGACACUGAUCACCAUCCACGUGCACCAGAGGGACAUCUUCAACGAGCUAGUCUUGCUGGGCGUUCGCUCCGUCUCAGAUUUCCAGUGGAAGAAACAGUCACGGUUUUACUUCUUGGAGGAGACUGACCACUGCCUCGUCCAGAUAACUGACGUCCAGUUCUGUUACUGUAACGAAUAUCUGGGCUGCACAGAGAGACUGGUCAUCACGCCACUGACUGACAGGUGCUACAUCACACUGGCUCAAGCUCUGGGCAUGAGUCUUGGAGGAGCUCCAGCCGGACCGGCCGGUACCGGGAAGACUGAGACGACCAAAGACAUGGGCCGCUGUUUGGGGAAGUACGUGGUAGUCUUCAACUGCUCCGACCAGAUGGACUACAGAGGCUUGGGACGGAUCUACAAAGGUCUGGCCCAGUCUGGGGCAUGGGGAUGCUUCGAUGAGUUUAACCGCAUUGAGCUCCCCGUUCUGUCGGUGGCAGCACAGCAGAUCUACAUUGUGCUGCAAUGUAAGAAACACAAGAAGAAGAGCUUUGUGUUCUCGGACGGAGACGAAGUUGCCAUGGACCCUGAGUUCGGAAUCUUCCUUACCAUGAACCCGGGGUACGCUGGGCGCCAGGAGCUCCCAGAGAACCUGAAGGUCCAGUUCAGAACCGUGGCCAUGAUGGUCCCAGACAGAGCCAUUAUCAUGAGGGUCAAACUGGCCAGUGCCGGCUUUAAGGACAACCAGGCUCUGAGUAGGAAGUUCUACACGCUCUACAAGCUGUGUGAGGAGCAGCUGUCCAAGCAGGUUCAUUAUGAUUUCGGUCUGAGAAACAUCUUGUCGGUGCUGAGGACUUUGGGUUCUGUGAAGAGAGCAAGUCCAGAAGAACCUGAGAAGACUGUGGUGAUGAGGGUUCUAAGAGACAUGAACCUGUCCAAGCUGGUGGACGAAGACGAACCGCUCUUCAUGAGUCUCAUCAAUGACCUGUUUCCUGGAAUUGUGGUGGAUAAGGCCGAGUACCCAGAGCUGCUGAAGUCCAUCCACAGUCAGUGUGAGCGCAGCGGACUGGUGCCCCACAGUUCCUGGGUCCUAAAACUGGUGCAGCUGUACGAGACGCAGAGAGUCCGACAUGGCAUGAUGGCCCUGGGCCCCAGUGGGUCAGGGAAGUCCUCGUGUAUCCGGACAUUGAUGGCGGCUUUCGGAGAUGCUGGAGCUCCUCACAGAGAGAUGAGAAUGAACCCAAAGUCCAUCACCGCUGCUCAGAUGUUUGGAACCUUGGACCCAGCCACCAACGACUGGACCGAUGGCAUCUUCUCCACGCUCUGGAGGAGGACGUUGAGGACCAAGAAGGGGGAUCAUGUGUGGAUAGUCCUGGACGGUCCGGUUGACGCCAUUUGGAUCGAGAACUUGAACUCUGUUUUGGACGACAACAAAACUCUGACUUUGGCAAACGGAGACCGCAUCCCCAUGGCAACCAACUGCAAGAUCGUAUUCGAGCCUCACAACAUUGACAACGCGUCCCCGGCCACAGUGUCUCGUAAUGGAAUGGUCUUCAUGAGCGAGUCCGUCCUGGGAUGGAGACCUCUGCUACAGACCUGGACCAGGACUCUUCCAGAGGGGCUAAGAGCGGAGCUGGAGGACCGCUUCAACCACUGCUACCAGGACCUGCUGGAAUUUGUGUACACAGCUCUGAGUCCAAAGAUGAAUGUUCUGGAGAACAUGUACAUCAUGCAGACCAUUGACCUAUUGCAGGGCCUCCUCUCUUCGGUGGAGGACAAACACUUGAGUAAAGUCCACAUCAGUUGCCUGUUCACCUUUGCCCUCUUGUGGUCACUGGGAGCACUGUUGGAGCUAGAGGACCGAGACAAGAUGGAGGUCUUCUUGAAGUCCCACAGUUCAGGUCUGGACCUGCCCCAGAUCAAUCCGGGCCAGACCAUCUUCGAGUUCACUGUGAACCAGCAGGGGGCGUGGGAGCACUGGGCCAACAAGGUCCCAGACUACGUCUUCCCCACAGACCAGGUCCUGGACUAUAGCUCUGUCCUUGUCCCAAAUGUGGACAACGUGAGGACUGACUUCCUCCUGAAGACCAUCUCCAAACAGAAGAAACACGUUCUGCUGAUUGGAGAGCAAGGCACGGCCAAAACCGCCAUGAUACAAGGGUACCUGGGGAAUCUGGACCCGGAAUCACACGGAUCUAAGUCCCUGAGCUUCUCGUCGGCCACACUCCCCAUUAUGUUCCAGCACUCGGUGGAGAGUUACAUCGAGAAACGGGUGGGCACCACCUACGGGCCACCAGGAGGACGCAGCCUCAGUUUGUUCAUAGACGACAUCAACAUGCCACUUAUCAAUGAGUGGGGAGACCAGAUCACCAAUGAGCUGGUGCGUCAACUGAUAGAGCAGGAAGGCUUCUAUAGUCUCGAGCGACCUGGAGACUUCCUCCAUGUGGUAGACAUCCAGGUCGUGGCUGCCAUGAUCCACCCUGGUGGCGGCAGGAACGACAUCCCUCAGCGUCUGAAAAGACACUUCUCGAUCUUCAACUGUACGUUACCUUCAAACCCCUCCAUCGACCGCAUCUUCAGCACCCUCGCCCAAGCACACUUCUGCCCACAGAGGGGCUUUAGUGCGGAUGUGUGUGCCCUGGCAUGCGCCCUGGUCCCCACCACCAGGCGGGUGUGGCAGGAGGUCAAAGCCAAGAUGUUACCUUCUCCAGCCAAGUUCCACUACAUCUUCAACCUCAGAGACCUGAGCCGGAUAUGGCAGGGUCUGCUGUGUGUCCAGUCAGAGGUAUGUGUGAGUGAGAGACUCCUGUCGUCUCUGUUUCAUCAUGAAGUCUCCAGAGUCAUCGCCGACCGCUUCAUCGACCAAUCAGAGCACGACGCCUUUGAACACAUGAUCACCACGAUCACGGCCGAGCAUCAUGGGAAGACCCUCACGGAGCACGCUCAGUGGAGAUGCAGCUUUGUGGACUUCCUCCGAGAUACUACAGGAGAUGAGGAGGAGGAGGAGCAGGAGCCCCCCAGGGUGAGAGGAGGAGGAGCACGAGGCCCCCAGAGUGAAAGGAGCAAGAGGCUGUACGAGCCCGUCCCGUCACUGGACGUCCUGGCCGAGCGGCUCUCCUCCUUCCAGUUGCAAUAUAACGAGACAGUGAGGGGCGGAGCCAUGGACCUGGUUUUCUUUGAGGAUGCCAUGGUGCACCUGAUGCGCAUUUCACGGGUCCUGCGCACGCCGCGAGGAAACGCACUGUUGGUAGGAGUGGGUGGGUCAGGGAAGCAGAGCCUAACCCGUCUGGCCUCCUUCAUCGCUGGGUACGAGAGCUUCCAGAUCACCCUCACCAGGUCGUAUGGAUGUUCUAACCUGCUAGAAGACCUAAGGACUCUCUACAGACUGAGUGGACACCAGGGUCGAGGAGUCACCUUCAUCUUCACCGACAACCACAUCAAAGACGAGGCCUUUCUGGAGUACCUCAACAAUGUCCUGGCCAGUGGAGACCUGUCGAACCUAUUUCCUCGCGAUGAACUCGAUGACAUCCUUCAGGACCUCAUCCCCGCUCUGAAGAGACACGCCCCCAAACGAGCUCCGACAAAUGAGAACCUGUACGAGCACUUCCUAACCCGCGUGCGAGCCAAUCUCCAUGUGGUGUUGUGCUUCUCCCCUGUGGGGGACAAGUUCAGGUCCAGGGCGCUCAAGUUCCCUGGUCUGGUCUCAGGUUGUACUGUGGACUGGUUCCAGCGUUGGCCCAAAGAUGCUCUGGUCUCAGUGUCUCGUCACUUCAUGUCUGCGUACUCAGAGCUGCGCUGCCCACUGCAAGUCAAAGAGAGCGUAGUGCAGUCUAUGGGAGACUUCCAGGACGUAGUGGCUGAGAAGUGCACAGAGUAUUUCCAGAGGUUUCGGCGUCAGACGUAUGUGACGCCGCGCUCAUUCCUCUCCUUCGUCAACAGCUACAAACUAAUCUACAGUGAGAAGGUGGAGCAUGUGGGGACCAUGGCCCAGCGCAUGGACACAGGUUUGAAAAAACUGAUGGAGGCCGAAGUGUCGGUGUCUGAACUUUCUGAGCAGCUGGUGGUGAAGGAGCAGGAGCUAGCCAGCGCCUCUCUCAGGGCUGACGCAGUACUGCUGGAGGUCACUGAGAAGGCUCGCGCUGCAGAGGAGGUGAAGCGGCAGGUGCAGAAGGUGAAGGACCGAGCUCAGAUCAUCGUGGACGAGAUCGAAGCUGAUAAAUCUGUGGCCGAGUCCAAACUGGAAGCAGCGAAACCGGCCCUGGAGGCGGCAGAGGCAGCUCUGCAGACCAUCAAACCGGGUGACAUCUCCACAGUGAGGAAACUACAGAAACCGCCUCAUCUCAUCAUGAGGAUUAUGGACGCAGUGCUGCUGCUGUUUCAGAGGAAGAUUGACUCGGUGACCCCAGACCCCGAGCGGCCCUGUCCCCGCCCCUCCUGGUCUGAGGCCAUGAAGCUGAUGCAGAACUCGUCUUUUCUCAGCACACUGCUCCACUUCAGCAAGGACUCCAUCACAGAGGAGACGGUGGAGCUCGUCGCUCCCUAUCUUCAGAUGGAUGAUUACAACAUGGAUUCGGCCAAAAGAACUUGUGGGAACGUGGCAGGACUCUGCUCCUGGACACAAGCCAUGGUGGACUUCUUCUCCAUAAACAAGGAGGUCCUCCCACUGAAGUCAAGCCUGGCUCUGCAGGAGUCGCGGCUCGUCGUGGCUCAGGCUGAACUCUGCAAAGCUCAGGACCAACUAGACCAGAAGCAGAGGGACCUGGACCAGGUUCAGGCUCUCUACGACGCAGCGAUGAAGGAAAAGCAAGACCUAGAGGACGACGCUCAGAAUUGUAGGAGGAAGAUGUCUAACGCCACAGAGCUGAUCCAGGGCUUAGGAGGAGAGAAGGUGCGGUGGACCAGCUCCUCCUCCAGGCUCCAGGCUCAGAUGGACAGUCUUGUGGGGGACGUGCUGCUUUCUGCUGGGUUCCUAUCGUACGCUGGGCCCUUUAACCAAGAGUUUCGAGGUUCUCUGCUCCGACUAUGGAAAGAUCUGAUGAAGACACAGAAGAUCCCCUUCAGCCAAGACGUGGACGUAGCCGCUCUGCUGGUGGACUCUGCCACCAAAGGAGAAUGGGCUCUGCAGGGUUUGCCCACAGACGAGCUCUCAGUUCAGAAUGCCACAAUUGUGACCAAAGCGCCACGGUACCCCCUACUCAUCGACCCGCAGGGACAGGGCCAGAGCUGGAUCGAGAGCCGUGAGAGAGAGUGCCACCUGCAGGUCACCUCCCUCAACCACAAGUACUUUCGCACCCACUUGGAGGACUGCCUGUCGCUGGGUCGCCCCCUGCUGGUCGAGGACGUCCAGCACGAGCUCGACCCAGUGCUGGAUAACGUGCUGGACAAGAACUUCAUCAAGUCAGGAUCCUCCUUCAAAGUGAAGGUGGGGGACAAAGAGGUGGACCUUCUCACUGGUUUCUGUCUCUACAUCACGACCAAACUGUCAAACCCGGUCUUCAGCCCAGAGGUCAGUGCUAGGGUGGCGGUGGUUGACUUCACUGUGACGCACCGCGGGUUGGAGGAGCAGCUUCUGGGACGUGUCAUCCUGAUCGAGAAGCAGGAGCUGGAGACACGGCGGGUCACACUGGUGGAGGAGGUGACCAUGAACAGACGCACAAUGCAGGAGCUGGAGGACUCGCUGCUCCUCAGACUCAGCUCCACAAAAGGAUCCCUAGUGGAGGACGAGUCACUGAUAGAAGUGCUACACGUGACAAAGAAGACGGCUAAUGAGGUCAGUGAGAAGCUCUCCAUUGCUGCAGACACAGAGGUGAAGAUAAACCAGGCGCGCGAGGAGUUCCGCCCGGUGGCCACCAGGGGCAGCAUCUUGUACUUCCUGAUCGUGGAGAUGUCAGCUGUGAAUACCAUGUACCAGACGUCUCUUGUACAGUUCCUGAAGCUGUUCCAUGCGUCCAUGAGGAAGUCUGCAGUGUCUGCGGUGACGAGCAGGCGCAUCAGCAACAUCGUGGAGUACCUCACACUCCACGUCUUCCAGUUCUGCUGCAGAGGUCUGUAUGAGGAACACAAGCUGCUCUUCACGCUGCUCCUUGCGCUGAAGAUUGACCUGCAGAGAAGCUACAUCAGCCAGCAGGAGGUGUUGACGUUUAUCAAAGGCGGAGCAUCCCUGGAACUGAACUCAGUGGAGCCCAAACCCAAACGCUGGAUUCUGGAUCAGACCUGGUUGAACUUGGUGCAGCUGUCGACUCUGACUCCGUUCUCCCACAUCCUUCGCCAGGUGGCCCAGGGCGAUCGCUGGUGGAAGGCCUGGUUUGAUGAGUCGGCCCCUGAAGAGGCCCCUCUCCCAGAUGGAUACGAUUGCCUGGACCCCUUCAGACGCCUGCUGCUGGUGCGGAGCUGGUGCCCGGAUCGGACCAUCGCUCAGGCACGGCGGUACAUCUCCUCCUCUCUUGGGCCGGUCUUCACUGAGGGUCUGGUCUUGGACCUGGAGAGCCUGUGGUUAGAGGGCGACUGCAGGACCCCUCUGCUGUGUCUGCUGUCCAUGGGCUCUGACCCCACAGAGAGCAUCGAAAGGCUGGCCAAGAGCAAGGGAGCUGUAUGUCACUCCCUCUCCAUGGGACAGGCGCAGGAGGUGCAUGCUCGUAGACUCCUCUCUCAGAGUCAGAGUGAUGGAGGCUGGCUCCUCCUGCAGAACUGUCACCUUGGUCUCCACUUCUUAGAGGAGCUGCUCCAGAGCGUCUCCUGUGGAGGAGAGGAAGAGGUGCAGGAGGGGUUCAGAGUGUGGGUCACCACAGAUGUCCACGACAAGUUUCCCAUCACUUUCCUCCAGUCGUCCAUCAAGUUCACAAAUGAACCUCCUCAGGGGAUGAAGGCCGGUCUGAAAAGGACCUUUGGAGGACUGACCCAGGAUCAAUUGGAUGUCAGUGACCUUCCUCAGUGGAGACCUCUGCUAUAUGCACUGGCCUUCCUCCACACCACAGUACAGGAGCGCCGUAAGUUUGGGCCACUCGGUUGGAACAUCCCAUAUGAGUUUAAUCAGGCCGACUUCACCUCCAGCCUCCAGUUUGUGCAGAACCUUCUGGAGAACAUGGACCUGAAGAGAGGCCUGGACUGGGCCUGUCUGCGCUACAUGCUUGGGGAGGUGCAGUAUGGCGGCAGAGUGACCGAUGACCUGGACAAGUGUCUGCUCACCACUUUCACUCACGUCUGGUUCACUGAAAACCUCUUCAGCCAAAACUUCUGCUUCUACAAAGACUACGUCCUCCCAGGGAAGACCAAGAACAUGACCCAAGCCCAGAUCCUGGAGCACGUGGAGAACCUGCCGCCAACGGAUUCUCCAGAGGUUUUCGGGCUUCACCCAAACGCUGACAUCACCUACCAGACAAACCUGGCCAAUCAGACGCUGAGCAUGAUCGUGAACAUCCAACCAAAGGACAGUGGGGGCGGGACAGGCGAGACAAGGGAGGAAAACGUGCGCCGAUCGGCCCAUGAGAUGCUUCAGAAGAUCCCACCUGACUACGCCUCCCACCAGGUCCGCCUGCAGCUCCAGAGGAUGGGCCCUCUUCAGCCAAUGAACAUCUUCCUCAAACAGGAAGUAGACCGAAUGCAACGAAUCAUUAUCCGAGUUCGGAGCACGCUGACUGACCUGCAGCUCGCCAUUGACGGCUGCAUCGUGAUGUCGGAGCCUCUUCGUGAAGCUCUUGACGCUCUCUUUGAUGCCCGUGUCCCUCAGUCCUGGCUCAGACUCAGCUGGGACUCUGCUUCUAUUGGGUUCUGGUUCAGUGACCUUUUGGAGAGGAACCUGCAGCUGUGCUCCUGGAUCAGCUCCGGGCGACCCAACCAGUUCUGGCUCACUGGCUUCUUCAACCCACAGGGGUUUCUGACGGCCAUGCGGCAGGAGACUGCGCGGUUACCUCAGAACAAUGGCUGGGCGCUGGACUCGGUGCUGCUCAGUAAUGAUGUUACUAAAAUGAUGAAGGAGGACGUGUUAGCCCCGCCCCCUGAGCAUUUGGGCGGAGUCUACAUCUACGGCCUGUUUGUCGACGGAGCGGGAUGGGACCGCCGCAACGCCAGGCUGACUGAGGCUCCGGUCAAGGUGAGGGUCAUGGGUCAAGGCUGA